AUGAAGGGAGACAAAAACCACCGGCUGACGCAGUUUAAUUUUUUUGAAAGUCCAGACCCUGUGAACGAGAAGCCUUCAUUGCAGCAGACCCAAAACCCCGUGAUUCAACCGAAAAAGAGAAGAGCGUUCGCAGAGAGCGUGGCGCGAAAAAACUUCAUUGAUGUGAAGGAUACCGCUCCAUGGGACGUGUUCAGAGCGAACCUAAAGGUAAAGCUUGAUGUAUGGCUCUGCAAGGCAACGCGUAAAGACGAUCCGGAAGGUGUCUUUGCAGUCCGCACAUAUUCGAGGGACCGAGCCGAUCGAGUCCUGCAGAGAUACAAGACGCUCCAUCACGAAAACCUGGUGACCGCUGUGGAAAUAUAUCGUGUUGAUGAUCCUAAUGAGCAUCUGUUUGUCGUCUCAGAAUACAUUCCGUUCACACUCAACCAUGUGGAGGCCUGUGUUAGACGCCCAAGUGACGCGGAGCUAGCCUCAAUCGUCGGACAGAUCAUGCAUGGAGUGGCAUACCUUCAUUCUGAGGGACUCCGACAUGGCGCCCUGAAGUGUUCCAAUAUCCUCGUCACAUUUGAUGGCGUCGUCAAAAUUGCGGAAUUCGCCGCCUCUCACAUCCACAGUGGCGAUGAUAUAGACUAUGGAGACGAGAAGGCUGCCGGUCUCAUCAUGAUGCAGCUUAUUCACAAGGAACAACCGAUGGAUGGCAAAAUACGGAUCUCAGACCAUCUGAGAGGAGAAAAGCUUAUUGACUUUCUGGCGCAGACGGAGCUAGGCUCACGUGCCGAUCAUUUGGCUAAGCACCCGUUUUUGGCAGACUCCAAUGGGUUUCGAACAUGGAAGGCCAGUCAUCUGAGGGACUUGUUGACCGAGGUCGCGUAUUCGAGCCAGGUAAACUACAUCAGAGGGUAG